AAGAUUAGAAAGAACAAAAAUACAGUGUAGUGUUGCGUUCGAAAAUCCUACUCGUGAGGUAGAGUAUCAUUGAUUUGACUAAUCAGGACAAAGAAAUUUUUCCUCCUUUUGUCUUGAUUGGUCAAUUAAAUGUUAUUUUACUCCAUGGGUAAGAUUUCCGAAAGCAUUUUAGAAAGAGAGUUUAGAGAGUCCUUCUUCCCUCAAAACAAAUAACCUAAAUACUGAUUGCGUAUGUCAUAUGAUGAAAAAUAAACAUGAAAAAGAAAAACUUAUAAUCUCCAAACUAAAAUAAUAAAAAGUAGUUUUGUAUAUUCACAAGUAUAAAGAUAUUUGGAAAAAAAGAAGAAAAAAACGAAUACAAUGCAAUCGCAAGGAGCUAUGGAAUCCUUUCUUAGCGCGUCAAAAAUUGCUUUGUCUCAAUUAUCGUUAUAUCAUACAAUUCGGGUCGUUCUGGGAAAUCAGACAUGCGAUUUGGAUUCUGCUAUAUGUGCUCUGGUCCAAGGAUUAUUAGAAUAUGUUGAUGCCAAAAAGCAAGGACUGUGCAAUCUUGCCAUAAUACCAGUCAUGAAUAUCCCAGAAAAGGAAUUUCGCAUUAAGACCGAAGUAGUUUACAGCCUAAAAUCUCAUAAUAUUCCUUUAAAUUUGAUAACAUUUAGAGAUCAGAUCAAUUUGCAAAAUGUACAGAAUAAUGCUGACAAGAAGCUGGAGCUGAUUUUAGUGGACCAUCAUACUCUCGCGAAUGAAGAUGUCGCGUUAAAAUCUUCAGUUAUAGCAAUUAUUGAUCAUCGACCAUUGGAUCCAGCCUGGUCAUGGCCCAAUGUAUUGUUAAACAUAGAAACUGUUGGAAGCUGUGCCACCCUUGUUGCACGUAAUGUUCUACAAAAGAAUGCUGAUAUUUUGGAUGCACAAAUUGCGAGUCUUUUACAAGGUCCAAUAUUAAUUGACACCUACAAUAUGUCAAUUGAAGCUGGUCGGGCAACUGCUACUGAUAUUGAUGUAUUAAACACCCUUGAGCAACUUGGUAGACUUAUGUCCACUAGAACUGAAACAUUUAACAAAAUUAUGAAUGCAAAAACAAAUGUUAGUGAAUUAAGUCUUGAAGAACUUAUGAUUAAGGAUUUAAAAAUAACCGAUGGUGUACCUCUUGUAGGGUUCUCUCUUUUAGUAGAGAACUUCCUUAUGCGAGAAAACGCGAAAGAAACAAUUGAAAAGUUUGGUGAUGAUAGAAAUUGCGAUGUCAUUAUUCUCAUAGGUCAAAAUGUGAGCAGUGAACAUGUAUGUAGAGAUAUUGCAAUCUUCUCGACAUUGUCUAAUCAAUUAGCAAAUGAAAUAAUCCAAGCAUUGAUUUCUUCUACUCAACCAUACUUAAAUCUAGAGUUGGUCAAAGAAAUUCAAGAUGAGAAAUAUAAGCUCUGUUUGUAUAGACAAGGAAAUGUAAAGGUAACACAAAAAUGCAUUCUUCCCCUUGGCAUGGAAGAAGGAAGAAUCCCGGAUGAAGCGAUCACGGCAUCAUCCAGUUACGAGAUGAAAUCCGUAGGUCCCCAAAAUGCAAGAAUACGACAGGAGAAGAACGGUGGCGCUUGGUGUCCGAAAGCUCAAAUCAGUAGCGCUAUACGCGAAUAUCUGGAAAUUGAUUUGACGAGAGAUCAUCUUAUCACGUGGACCGAGACUCAAGGCCGAUUCGGUAACGGUCAGGGUCAGGAAUAUGCCGAGGCGUUUUUUCUGGAAUAUUGGCGACAUGAAAGAUGGCAUCAGUAUAAAGAUUUAAGAGGGAACAAGAUUCUGCGUGGUAAUAGUAAUACAUAUCUAGUCGAGAAGCAGAAGUUGGAUCUACCGUUCGUUGCGAGUCGAGUGAGAUUUGUUCCUUACAGUCAACAUCCGCGCACCGUGUGUAUGCGUGUCGAGAUUUAUGGCUGCAUCUGGAACCAAAACAUCGCUAGUUAUGCUAUGCCUAAAGCUGAUAAAAUUGGACCUAAUGGAUGUAACGUCGAAGAUACGUCGUACGAUGGCACCGAGAUCGAGAAUUUAAUGUUGAACGGAUUAGGACAAUUAACAGACGGCAUAGUUGGCAGCGAAAUUGAGAUCUUCGAAUCCGAUAGAAUAACUAACUGGGUCGGAUGGCACGGUCGCGACAAUGUAGAAUUGUUCUUUGAGUUCCGACUUUUUCAGAAGUUUAAAAACUGUACGAUUCACGUGGCCGAUUUACCCGAUCUAAAUGUCGAGAUGUUCUCGAUGGCAAACUUUUGGUUUUCAUCGGAUGGCAAGGAUUAUCAUGCGACGCCGGAAAUGUUUCAAACAUUUAAUGACUCUAAGACGAGCAUUAUCCCUAACACUAGCAACGAGAAAGAUGGCAAAAGCAGAAACAGCAUCUCGAUAUCUAUUCCCUUGCAAUCAAGAAUCGGCAAAUUUGUCAAAAUAGAAUUAAAACUUAGAUCAAAAUGGUUAUUGUUGAGCGAAAUCACAUUCGAGACAGUUCCAGACGUAAAAAACGUCACUGACAGAGCGUUAGAACGAUUAUUAUGGAUAUAUUCGAACAAUAAUGAGAACAUAUCUCAAACGAUCAAUGAGGACCAGAUCGUGAAAAUAAAGCAGAUCGAAGACAAACAAAAUAAGGACGAAAACGACGAGACUCAAAUAGAGAACAAAAUUAGAGGUGCAACUGGCGACGAGAGAGGGAUUAAUAUUCUGCACGGACAUAUAAUGACGGGAAUAUCUGAAUCGAAUGAGACAACAUCGGUGUUAAACGAGUCAAAUCUGACGCCGGACGCUUUUCCCGUAAACAAUUCAUCAACGUACAUCGGAUUGAUCAGCGCAGCGUUAACCGUAAUAGUCUUUCUCUCGAGUUGCACGAUUUUCUUGAUGAAACAAAGGGGUCGCAACAAAGUGGCUCUACUGCAAAAACACACUGCGUUAUUAUGCGGCUCGCCGGCAUCGGGUAUCACGAUCAAUACGAAGGAUAUCAAAUUACCCACACCGAUCGUGGUCAACAAUCUAUCGCAAUCGAGAUUAUCAUUGAAGAGCAAAAUUUCCUCGAACAACGAUUAUAAAUUCAGCGAUGUUGGUACAAACGGACAGCGUAGCACUUACGAGAAAAUUGAUAAAAUAUCUUCGGAGCAGUAUAUGAAAUGCGAAGGAAGAUCCAAUUAUAAAACUGAACAGUUUGAUUCUAAAAACAACGAAAAGUUUAAGGACGAAACGCGAAUGGAAUGUAUAAUUCCAACAAUAAAACCGAUUUCUUCGCAAACGGGAAAAAUCAAUCAAAGGGUAUACGAGAGUUAUUACGCAGCUACAGACAUUCUGACGAUAAAGAGACGCGAUCAGCAUCCAACUGUAAGUUUCUUCACACCGCUACUCAUUCGGGAUUCGGUCGUGUCGUACAAACGCGGGACUUACGAUGUUCCACGUAUCUCUCGACAUAGAUUAAGAAUCCUCGAUAAACUCGGCGAGGGAAACUUUGGUUUGGUUCACUUAUGCGAAGCGAAAGGCAUACAAAAUCCGGAUUUAGGUAUCCUUCAAAACCGUCAAGUAGUGAUAGUCCGGUCUUUAUGGCGCGGUGUCGUCGACGCUCUAAGAGAGGACUUUAUGAACGACAUGCGCAUCCUGGCUGAAAUUCGCGACGUUAAUAUCACCAGGAUAAUCGCGAUCGUUGAAGAGGAGCCUUUUAGUGCCAUUUUCGAAUACGGAGAACUUGGGGAUCUGUCCAGUUUUCUAAAAAAUCAUGACCGCAACGUGUCGACAAGUUACGAGUGCUCAUUAAAUCUCAUCACGCAAAUUGCUUCGGGUAUGAAGUAUCUCGAGAGUUUGAACGUACCGCAUUGCGAUCUGGCAGCCAGGAAUUGCAUCGUCUGUAAAGAUCUGCUGAUUAAAGUGUCCGACCAAGCCAUGUAUUGCAGUAAAUACGACAAUGAAUAUUAUGUUGAUGAGUGUUAUACUAAGAUACCAUUACGUUGGAUGGCGUGGGAAGCAGUCUUAUCGGGAAAACGAAGCUGCCAAUCUGACGUUUGGUCGUACGGUGUAACAAUUUGGGAAGUUCUGACGCACUGCGAAGACAUACCCUAUGCCGAUCUGACCUCGGAACAAGUAUUGGAGAAUUGUGGCCUGUGGUAUCAUUCAUUGGACAGCGGCGGUAAAAGGAAAUGUCCGCGGAUCCUCGAGCAGCCAGUAUUUUGCUCGGAUGACUUGUACCGGUUGAUGCUGCGAUGUUGGUGCAAAUGCGCGGAGGACCGGCCGAGUUUCCAAGAGAUUCACUGCUACCUCAAGAAGUUGACUCUGGAUUAAAUUUGUGCGAACGCAUUUCUACAAGAGCGUACAGAAAACGAUCCAUGCUCAUCAGCAGCAGCAGCAACGCGGACCAAAUCGAUUACAAUCAGCUGAGAAGCAUCCUGAUUGCUUUCUUGAUCGCUUUUGCGUGUAUGGCUCGAACUUUUAAAUUGCCGAUAACCCGAUACAUCGAGUCGAAGAGUCGUCAAUGCCUAAACACAUCAAGGUAUGGGAUGCUCUCUGGCCACUAAAAUAUUACUGCUCAACUAGAUUUAUCUAAUUUUGAUUAUAAAUAAGUGUAGGUUAAUAACAUAACGAUAAAUCUCAAAUGCGGCGGAUAAUCGCAGGUUUCUCGUACGAUAUUCUACGCAUUAUAUUCGAGGAAUAAUCUUUGAAGAUAUUAUCUUUCAUUGAUUAUUUCCGUAAUCAAUCAGUAUUCGAGAGAAAUACGUGAUUUCGCGCGCGAAUAUUCAUCUAUUUACUAAUUUAUUACUUUACACAUAUCUCUCUUUCCUACGCUUAUAUAUAUGUGAUAAUCAUUAUCGUUUUUACUCUUAAGAAAAUUGUUCCAUUUUUUCUCUAUAUCUAUUACCCAGAGCCAAUCGUAGAAAAAUUACGAUUAUGGCCAAGAUUUGUAGCAAAGUUUGUCGUAAUUUUGGUGCAGAUUUUGCGCAAGGCUUAAUCGUAUUUUGUCACAGCUGGGUAUACUUUAUAUCGUCAUAUAGAAUUCGUUGCGUGUAGUCGAAGCAAAAUAAUAUUAAUGAGAUCGGCAUAAAACGAACGUAAUACUCAAUUACGUCGAAUAAUGACAAUCAGUUUUGCUCAUCUAUUUAUAUGUACUUAUUUUACGAAAUAAUAUCAUAAUAUACUCGUAUUGAUCGAUUCAGCUUACCUAUCUUAGAAGGAAAGCGGAUCGUUUAAUCUUCAAUCAAAUUUCGCAAUGGCGCAAAAUUUUUAAAUAGGAAUACUCUUCAUAUAUAAAUAUAUCCUUUCUUAUAUAUAUAUAUCUUAAGCUAAGUCAUUCGUUUUUAUUCAAAAACAUAAUAAUUCACGGGAUGUAUUUUAAAACGCAGGCGAUCUUUACGGAUCGCGCGUUAUUGCGUCAUUAAUUCUUCCAAUUUAAAAAAAUGUAUCUAAACGAAAAUGUUUGUGCCAAAAAUAAUUAUAAUUCAGAAAGAACAUGCGCUUCAUAAGAUAGAUCGCGUAUUUUUUAUUCAAUAGAUAUAAUGAUGUCUUUAAGGAUCGUCUUCUAUUUUAAGAUACACCCCGUGUAUGAUAACGCAA